AUGACCGCAGCGGAGCAGCCCACAGCGGAGUGUGUGGCCUCUGCGUCAUCAAGUCGACCGUCUACGCCCUUGCCAGCGUUCUUCAGGUCGACAACGAGCAAGAGUGACCUGUCGCCCCCCAUCGUCCACCAUCCUCACUUGGCCUCUUCGCCAUCUCACACACUGCGAUCGCCCAGCAGCAGUAGCUCCUCAGAUCGUGUUCUGGGCUCUUAUUUCACCAGCGGGUGGUCAGACGAUGUUCAAGCUCGCCCAGAGACCUCUAGACAGCGUCAACUGAGCGCAAAGAGCCAAUUGCUUGCCGAUCGAGGUUUGACCCCCAUAGACGAUGGCCUGGCACAGAUGUCAGGAAUAGACAGUGGGCUUCUACCAGAUCCCAUGCGAUCGGACGACGAGGACGAUAGAUCAUCCGGGCGUAGCAGUUUCACAGACUCGCCAGGCAGCAGGCCACCAAGGAGGCGUUCUCAGAGCACCAUGACAGACGCUACCAUACUGUCCUCGACCUGGAGCAGUCCAAUGUCUCGCAAAUCGACCAACGGCGCCCUCGGAUCAGAGCAUGACGGGCAAAUUGAUGAUUUUGCGGCGCCUCUGCUGACAAGAGACGCCUCGGUCGACCCUAUGCCGCCUAGUGGUCCACUCACAGAAGCGGAGAAGCGAGCAAAGGAACUGGAACGGCAAGAGCCGCUCUUGCAGGAGCUUGAUAAUCGUUUCGUUCUGUUUCCUAUCAAGUAUGAUGAGAUCUGGCGGUUCUACAAACGGGCAGUGGCAUCCUUUUGGACGGCGGAAGAGAUUGAUCUUACUGGCGAUAGAGCCGAUUUCGAAAGUCUGACGCCUGGCGAACGUCACUUCAUCCUGCACGUCCUCGCAUUCUUUGCCGCAAGCGACGGUAUUGUCAAUGAAAAUCUCGUCGAGCGCUUCUCGUCGGAAGUAAAGGUUACGGAGGCAAAGUGCUUCUAUGGCUUUCAGAUCAUGAUGGAGAACAUUCAUUCGGAAGUCUACUCGCUGCUUAUCGAGUUCUACGUGCGAGACAAGCGCGAGCGACAGGCACUGUUCGACGCGAUGGACACUGUGCCUUGCAUCAGACGCAAAGCACACUGGGCACUCAGGUGGAUAUCAGACGACCGAACGACUUUUGCAGAGCGACUCGUCGCUUUUGCGGCUGUCGAGGGCAUUUUUUUCUCCGGCUCAUUCGCUGCCAUCUUCUGGCUAAAGAAACGCGGUCUCAUGCCUGGCUUGACCUUUUCGAACGAGCUCAUCUCACGUGACGAGGGUCUGCACACCGAGUUCGCGUGCUUGCUCUUCAGGCACCUCCACCAUCGCCCUUCCGACGCGAGAGUACAAGAGAUCAUCACAAGCGCAGUGACGAUCGAGAAGGACUUCCUCACAGAGGCCUUGCCUGUCAAACUGAUAGGCAUGAACUCGGAUACCAUGUCGCAGUAUAUCGAAUAUGUCGCCGAUCGAUUGCUCACGACGUUAGGCGUGGAGAAGGUCUACGGGAGCGAGAACCCCCUCUCUUUUAUGGAGAAUAUAUCACUAGAAGGCAAGACCAACUUUUUCGAGAAGCGCGUGUCAGACUAUGCUCGUGCGAGAAUGUCGGGCUGGACGCAAGAAGCGAGCGGUGCAGGUCAUGCAGACGACACUCAAGGCGGUCAUGGCAAUUCCGAGGACGUCUUUCGUCUGGAUGCAGAUUUUUAG